ACGCGAUUCCUGGAAAGUUCUUGGAAAUCGGUCUUUUGUGUAUAGCUGUGGGUUUAAUGGGGAUUUGGUUAUUCAAAACACAUACCGAAGGAAGGGGAUUCAACGUCGCGGAAAAGACUGUCAUUGGGAUCUGUACCAAAAACAAGACAAGCGUGGUUUGGUGACUUUCUGCAUGAUAUUUUAAAUCUUAACAUUACCAGCAGCAAGCGAGUCGUGCGGAGUCGACUUGCCUCGGUCGCGAGACGUUGUCAUCGCCUGUUUUGCAACCACGGGUUGGAAAAAUAUUCUUAGUUUGUUUGCCACCUCGCCAAAAUGACAACUGAUUGAUUAGCCCGUCAGAAGAUAAAUAAUACGACAUGGAAAACUCUAGCUAUGUAAUCUGUCAUCUUUCAAUGUGAUCGACAUGGUUACACUGGCUAGCCGUUCCCUGGAAGUGUGUAGCUAACGAGCGGUUUCUGCUUUGUUUAUUUAUUCAUCUUAGUCCCCUUUUCUUUAGGGAGAAGUGUGUAUUUGAAUGGUCAUCGUUUGAGUCGUUUGGUGCAGGAUCCACUCGCAAAUAGGACGAUUAAUUUAUCAAAUUCGAGAAGAAACCUGCAGAAGAAACUGGUUUUGCGACUGUGGUGCAACUGCCUGUCUUUUGGGGAAUAUUUUUGCAUUUGUCGGAUGUCUUUUGGGCAAUUUCGGGUUGUUCCCCAAUGACCUGCCACUCACCCGAAUCCACCGAGACCAUCGAAAAUGAGAGAAGAACGGAUACCGAGUCGCGAGUUGUAGACUCCGAUGAGACUCGCAUCGGUCAAGCCAUGAAAGACCUUAAAAAUACAGGCUGGUACUGGGGCAGCCUGACCGCCAACGAAGCCAAAGAGAUUCUCCAGGAUGCAUCAGAGGGCACCUUCCUGGUGCGAGACAGCUCCCAGAGGGACUACCUGUUCACCAUCUCUGCCAUGACCUCCGCCGGCCCAACUAACUUGCGCAUCGAGUACAAGGAGGGGAAGUUUAAACUAGACUCGGUGGUGCUGAUCAAGCCCAAGCUCAAGCAGUUUGACAGUGUGGUGCACCUUGUGGAACACUACGUGCAGCUGUCCAGGACUACCAGUAAAGGUGCGUCGCAGUCCCUGGCCCCACCCAACGGCACGGUUCAGCUGCUACUGACUAAGCCUGUGUACACUGCCACGCCCUCUCUACAGCACCUGUCCCGGAUCGCCAUCAACAACGCCACCAGGCAGGUGCAGGAGCUGCCUUUACCCAACAGGCUAAAGAACUACCUGACGGACUACAGCUACAAUGUAUAGUAGGACAGCAAAUCCAAGAUGUGGUUUGGGAUAGAGAGCAGUGCACCUGCCAUGCAGUGGCAGUCAGACUAUCACCCAGUCCGAAGUCGGUCUUUAGCCCCAACCACUAGACACGGCUUGACGGCCCCCGUACUUCUGGAAGGAUUGCUGUUGAGCAAUAUGCUUAUAGAGCCAAGUCGGUCAUCUAAUCCUCAGGAAGCUAGGUUGAAUUUCUCCCAUAUUACUACACCCUUCCAGUUCCUUUAGUGCUACAGUUGUUCAUCAAAAAGGGCUUAGGAGUUGGAGCUAAGGGUUGAUUUCAGACCUGGGUCAUGUACAUAAUCUCUGAAACGGGUGCAAAUGUUUUCAAGCCGAAGUGGUAUACCCUGCCUGCAGACCAGCUCAGGUAAACAGGGUUUCAGAACCUUCUGAACGAGACCCAGGAGGGAUGGCACUCAACUUUGUUGUUUUUUGUGCUUCUCAUUUCAAGCUCUUUGUUGCUUUACAUACUCUGCCUCAUGUCUGAGAAUUGAGCAUCUGAUACGGUGUCCACUUUUUGUUCUGAUUUAUGUUUGAGUUUGUUCAUAUUCCCUAUUUUCUUUUUUUUGUACUGUAAUCAUAAGAAGGGGCAGUGCUGGGGUGUCGAACUACAUGUACUGCAACUAGUCAUUUAACUACCUUUUUCAGUAGCUUGGAGGUAGUUGAACUAAAUUCAAAUAUUGGAUUCAAAUAUAACUUUUUUUGCUGUGUAGCGAACUACAACUACAUUAUUUUUUUAAAUUGUCAAGUUUGCAACUUAUUUUUCAACCUCAGGCUUACUUAAUUGUCACUUGAAAGUAGAGGUCGACCGAUUUAAUCGGAAUGGCCGAUUUUUUUUAAUUAGGGCCGAUUUCAAGUUUUCAUAACAAUCGGAAAUCUGUGUUUUUGGGUGCCAAUUUGCCAAUUUUUUUUUUUACUAUUUAAAAAAUAAUUGUAAUACCUUUUUAUUUAACUAGGCAAGUCAGUUAAGAACACAUUCUUAUUUUCAAUGAUGGCCUAGGAACGGUGGGUUAACUGCCUCGUUCAGGGGCAGAACGACAGAUUUUCACCUUGUCAGCUCGGGGGAUCCAAUCUUGCAACCUUAGUUAACUAGUCCAACACAAUAACGACCUGCCUCUCUCUCGUUGCACUCCACAAGGAGACUGCCUGUUACGCGAAUGCAGUAAGCCAAGGUAAUUUGCUAGCUAGCAUUAAACUUAUCUUAUAAAAAACAAUCAAUCAUAAUCACUAGUUAACUACACAUGGUUGAUAUUAUCUAGUGUGUCCUGCGUUGCAUAUAAUCUGACUGAGCAUACAAGUAUCUGACUGAGCGGUGGUAGGCAGAAGCCGGCGCGUUCAUUCAAACAGCACUUUUGUGCAUUUUGCCAGCAGCUCUUCGUUGUGUGUCAAGCAUUGCGCUGUUUAUGACUUCAAGCCUAUCAACUCUCGAGAUGAGGCUGGUGUAACCGAAGUGAAAUGGCUGGAUAGUUAGCACGCGCUAAUAGCGUUUCAAACGUCACUCGCUCUGAGCCUUCUAGUAGUUGUUCCCCUUGCUCUGCAAGGGUAACACUGCUUCGAGGGUGGCUGUUGUCGUUGUGCUGCUGGUUCGGGAGGAGGGGGACGGAAACUAUACUCUUACACUGGCAAUUCUAAAGUGCCUAUAAGAACACCUAAUAGUCAAUAGUCAGGUUAAUGAAAUACAAAUGGUAUAGAGGGAAAUAGUCCUAUAAUUCCUAUAACUACAACCUAAAACUUCUUACCUGGGAAUAUUGAAGACUCAUGUUAAAAGGAACCACCAGCUUUCAUAUGUUCUGAGCAAGGAACUGAAACGUUAGCUUUCUUACAUAGCACAUAUUGCACUUUUACUUUCUUCUACAACACUUCGUUUUUGCUUUAUUUAAACCAAAUUGAACAUGUUUCAUUAUUUACUUGAGGCUAAAUUGAUUUUAUUGAUGUAUUAUAUUAAGUUAAAAUAAGUGUUAAUUCAGUAUUGUUGUAAUUGUCAUUAUUACAAAUACAUUUUUUAAAAAUAGGCCGAUUUAAAUCGGUAUAGUCUUUUUUGGUCCUCCAAUAAUCGGUAUCGGCUGUUUUGGUCCUCCAAUAAUCGGCACCGGCGUUGAAAAAUUAUAAUCGGUCGACCUCUACUUGAAAGUGUUUUGGUGUUUUUAAUAGGGCCAGGGUGAUCUAACUUGCAAUUUGUAGUCUGACAUUUCAGAUUUAGAUAUAAUAAUUUUUCACGUAGUAGUCUGGAUGUAGUUAACACAUUUUUCAAAAUAACUUUGGUUAAGUAAGCUAUAACUGUAGCUUAUUUUCUUCCAGUGCAAAGUAAUUGGUAACUUGGUAAACUAUUUUCAGUGUCGUUUCCCCAACACUGAGAAGGGAGGAUCAUUAUUAUUUUUAUUUUUUUGUGAUCAAGCAAUAUACAGGCUUCAAAUCUUGCGUUGGUUUCUCUCACACGGUCUCGCUCUGCCUCCUGCUAAGAGGUUAAAAGUAAUAGAUUUUCUGAACUUCUUAAUCCUGGAUGUUCCUCCCACUACUCAUCACUUUUGUGCGACACCUCAAUACUUCAUCACUGCAUUUUCCUUCAAUAGAAAAUGCCCUUGAGCAAGUCGCUGCUCACCUCAGAACUAGACCUUGGUUAGACAGACAGACAGGCUGUAUCUAACAUCUAGCUACUACUAAAAGAAGGAAUUACAUUUCCAAGAGCAAAUUAGAUGUUCGGCCAGGGGUUUUCAUUGGAUCGACGUGAAUCUUAUUUUAAUUAUUAUUUUAAGUAUUUAUUGAUUGUGCUACUGUAUUUCCUAGAAAAAUAAAAGUUACAAAAAUAAAACCUGAAAGCAUGCUUUAUCAUAGCCUCUAAUCUGCAAUUUGGGAGGGAAUAAUGUAUGUGAUGCAGGGGUGUCAUGAUGCUCGUGUAUUAUUUGACUCAUUCUCCACUUUCAGUACAUAAGGUUCAGUGUGAACAAUUCUCGCAGAAUAUUCCAGAAUUCACAAUUGAUACAUGAUCAUGACAUUUACUGUUUUCAUAUGGUGCUUAAAUACAAGUGUCUAGUGUUUUCUCUGAGGAAACCAGAAAAAUAAAACAAAAGAAUGGAAUCGAA